AUGUCCUCUGCUAUCACGGUUGACCCUAGAGAGGCAUUCGGUCUCAUUACCAAGAACUUGCAAGAAGUCUUGAACCCACAAAUCAUCAAAGAUGUGCUCGAAGUACAAAAGAGACAUUUGAAAUUGUACUGGGGUACAGCGCCCACUGGAAGACCUCAUUGUGGUUAUUUCGUUCCUAUGACCAAGCUUGCUGAUUUCUUGAAAGCAGGUUGUGAAGUGACUGUUCUUUUAGCUGACUUGCACGCCUUCUUGGACAACAUGAAGGCGCCAUUGGAAGUGGUGAACUACAGGGCCAAAUACUACGAAUUGACCAUCAAAGCUAUUUUGAGAAGUAUCAAUGUUCCAAUUGAUAAGCUAAGAUUCGUUGUUGGCUCUUCUUACCAGCUGACACCAGACUAUACCAUGGAUAUCUUUAGAUUAUCCAACAUUGUUUCGCAAAACGAUGCUAAAAGGGCAGGCGCUGAUGUCGUCAAGCAAGUGGCCAAUCCAUUAUUAAGCGGGCUCAUCUAUCCUUUGAUGCAAGCGUUGGACGAACAAUUUCUAGAUGUUGACUGCCAGUUCGGUGGUGUUGACCAAAGAAAAAUCUUUGUAUUGGCGGAAGAAAAUUUGCCAAGUUUGGGUUACAAAAAGAGAGCACACUUAAUGAAUCCCAUGGUCCCAGGUUUGGCUCAAGGCGGUAAAAUGUCUGCCUCUGAUCCAAAUUCAAAAAUCGAUCUUUUGGAAGAGCCAAAACAAGUCAAGAAGAAGAUCAACAGUGCAUUCUGUAGCCCCGGUAAUGUCGAAGACAAUGGUUUGUUGUCAUUUGUGCAAUAUGUCAUUGCACCAAUCCAAGAAUUAAAGUUCGGUACAAAUCACUUUGAAUUUUUCAUUGAUAGACCAGAAAAGUUCGGUGGUCCAAUUACCUACAAAUCCUUCGAAGACAUGAAAUUGGCCUUUAAAGAAGAAAAAUUGUCCCCACCUGAUCUAAAAAUUGGUGUUGCUGACGCUAUCAACGAAUUAUUGGAGCCAAUCAGACAAGAAUUUGCCAAUAAUAAAGAAUUCCAAGAGGCAUCCGAGAAAGGUUAUCCAGUCGCCGCUCCACAAAAGUCGAAGAAGGUCAAGAAACCAAAGAAUAAGGGUACCAAGUAUCCAGGCGCUACAAAGGCUGACGAGGUUGCUGUGAAACUAGAAGAAACCAAGUUGUAA